CAACGAUUUAGCGUUCACAAGCAUGUCGCUGCAUGCAGUUGGCACUCGGAGACUUGAAACGAACUGCACCCCGCGAAAAGUUUCCCACACAAACAUGCGAAGAACGUCUAUCAGCUUCUCGCAGAAAGUUGCCCACCCAGAACUUAUUGCGAACCGUUUGUCAGCCGGAGCCCGUGUAUGCCCGAGUCAAUCCUCGUGUGACAUGAUCGCAUGAUGGCGGCUGGAGCGAGUGUCUCUGUGUAUAAGAGGACCGCGUCGUGGUUUUCAGGAGCCCAUGAGAUAGACAAUUGAUCAGCAACACUGCGGCUUCUUUCAGCCAUUCCUCUGCACUCUCCAGCCCAAGUUCUUAUCUCUCAAGCCCAAGUUCAUAAUUUCUCGUGCAAUGGCGAACAAGAAGGCCCUCGUCACGGCCGCCACCGGCUUUAUGGGCGGCAGCUUCCUCGCGCAGCUGCUUGCUUCGACCGACCCACGCAUCAAGGAGCUGUCCUUCUCCACACUCGUCCGCAAGCAAGAGCAGGCCGACGUGCUGGCCGCGCAGGGCGUGAACGCGAUCCUGUUCUCCGGCCUUGACGACACCGACUUCCUCCGCCGCGUGGCCAGCGAGCACGACAUCGUCAUCCACAGCGCCCACGGCUUCCACACAGCCUCGUCCAAGGCCCUGAUCGAGGGCCUGGCCGAGCGGAAAAAGGCUACCGGUCAAGACGUCUUCUUCAUCCAGACGUCAGGCACCUCCAACCUAGGCGACUUCCCCAUCACCAAGCGGCACGUGCACCCGCCGGGCCGCGUCUUCCGCGACCGCGACGAGAACAUCUACCGGUACAUGGUCUCGCGCGAGGCGGAGACGCCGUAUGGGCAGCGCACGACCGACGUGGCCGUCGUCGAGACGGGCAAGGCCACGGGCGUCAAGACGUACAUCGUCAUGUCGCCCAUCGUGUACGGCGCCGGGCUCAGCAAGUCCUUCAAGAACCAGUCCUUCAAGAACCGGUCCUUCCACGGGCCGUUCAUGAUCCAGUCCGCGCUGGCCAAGGGCCAGGCCGUGUACGUCGGCGACGGCGCCGAGGAGUGGGGGCACGUGCACAUCGAGGACCUGGCCGCGUUCUACGAGAUCCUCGUCAGCAAGCUGCUCGCCGGCGAGGACCUCCCCGAAGGCGAGCACGGGGUGUACUUCGCGAGCUCCGGCACGCACACAUGGAAGGAGUUCGCCGAGGCGACCGGCAAGGCGGGGUAUGAGGUGGGCGCGCUCAAGACGCCCGAGGCGGUGUCCGUGCCGCCGACAGCGGAGGUGUUUGUGAAGCUCCUGGGUGGCUUUGGCACCCCCGAGCAGGCUGCGAUGCUGGCGGAAGUGGGCUUCGCGUCGAGGUGAGUCGCAGUGUUUGAACCUCGUACUUCUCUGCAGCAGGGUUCAUAUCUAACGUGCACCA